AUGAAGAAAUUGAACAAGGAUUGGGAUGCAGCAUCUAAACGAAGGAUGAAUCAAGUAAAUGAGCUCGAUGAGUUUUGCCUAAAUGCAUAUGAAAGCGCAUCCUUGUACAAAGAGCAAAUAAAGAAAUACCAUGACCAAAAGAUUGAAAAGCGAACAUUUGCACCCGAAGACUUAGUCCUUCUUUUCAACUCAAGGAUGUAUUUAUUUUCUGGCAAACACAAAUCAAAAUGGUUUGGACCACUUCGAGUGAGUCAAGUUCUUUCACAUGGUGCAGUUGAGUUAGAGAAGAAAGAUGGCAUGAAUUUUAAACUAAAUGAUCAAAGAAUCAAAGCAUACAUGGGCACAGAAGAUGAAAUCAAAACUGUGGAAGGAUGGAAGCUUAGUGAAGAAUGA